ACUGGUUUGAUUUCCCUCCUCAAUUUAUGCAACCAAAAAAAGGACUGGCAAACCAGCAAUUCUUUCCUUUUUCGUCUGUCUCUUCCUCUGGUCUCCCUGUCUCCCUCUUUCUCUCUCACGUGCCCUGUUGAGAGAGAUUAGAGGAUGAGAACCAUCUCCACCGCCGCCGCCUUCCGACACCACCACACCACCACCAAAAACCUACCCUUAUUUUGAACGCGAAAGAAAACCCCCCUCACCAGAAUGGGCGGAGAAAAACACAGGUUUCUCAUGCACAUCUGGUACUAUCUUUUUUUAUUUUCCACCCUUUUCUUCAUCAUCAAUAUCCACCAUGUAAGCGCAGACGAUUUCGCUGUUAUGAGAUCAUUGGCUCAGGGAUUAAACGGGACGAAUUGGUCUGGAAGUAACCCAUGUGAAUGGAAAGGGAUUCAAUGUGAUUCAAGCGGCAGAGUUACGGAGAUUGAUCUUAGCGGCAGGUUUAUAACAGGGCAAUUAACCCCCGAUUUGAACCAACUUUCCAGCCUUCAAACCUUGAAUUUACGGAACAAUCAAAUUACCGGCCUUUUACCUUCCUUAUCAAACCUAGCAAACCUCCAAGAUGUUUUCCUGGAUUCCAACAGCUUCACUUCUGUCCCAAAGGAUUUUUUAUCUGGCUUGACAAGUUUACAGACGUUUAGCAUUAGUUCCAAUCCGAGACUCGCUCAAUGGAGAAUCCCUGAUACCCUUAAGGAUUCUACCCAGCUUGUAUCUUUUAUGGCAUCCACGGCUUCUAUAUCAGGUCCAAUCCCGGACAUAUUUGAAUCUUUUCCCAGUUUACAGAAUCUCAGGCUGUCGUAUAAUAAUAUUUCAGGGCCUCUGCCACCAUCUUUGGCUAAAUCAGGGAUACAGAAUUUGUGGAUUAACAAUCAGAUUCCGAGAUUAAUCGGAAACCUUGAUGUUAUUGGAUCAAUGUCGCAAUUGAUUCAGGUAUGGGUGCAUGUCAAUUACUUUACUGGGCCAAUUCCUGAUCUUUCUGGAUGCAAAUACUUGAUUGACUUACAGCUUCGGGAUAAUAACCUUACUGGUCUAAUUCCGGCUUCUUUAGUUUCCCUUCCGGCGCUGAAGAAUGUGACUUUGAACAAUAACAGGCUUCAGGGUCCUAUGCCUAGUUUUCGGAAUGAUGUUAAUGCUACUAUUGGAACAGAUAACAAUAGAUUUUGUAAUCCAAGUCCAGGAACUUGUGAUCCUCAGGUAACAAUAUUACUUCAGGUUGCUAGUGAUUUGGGCUAUCCGUUUGUAUUAGCUGAAUCUUGGAAGGGGAAUGAUGCUUGUCAAAAUUGGGAAUCUAUAACUUGCAUUUCAGGAAGAGUUACUGUGAUCAAUUUUGCUGCUCGAAAUUUUACUGGGACAAUCUCUCCUGCUAUUGCUAAUCUCACCUCAUUGAGGUCUUUGAUUUUGAACAAUAACAGUUUAACUGGUCCUAUACCAUCUAGCCUCACCAGUUUGCAAGGCUUGACCCUCCUUGAUGUUUCCAACAACAAUGUCUCAGGAAAAAUACCACCAUUUGGCCCAACCGUGACGGUAAAAACUUCCGGCAACCCGUUUAUUGGAGUUGAUUUACCCAGCUCUUCUCCUGGAUCUAAGGCAGGAACUACAAGAAAAGCUUCUGUGUCACCGUGGAUUGUUGUUGUGGUUUUAGUUGUCGUCAUCACAAUGGUUGUUUUGGGCUUGGUACUUUACAGGAGAUGUUUGAAGAAAAGGAAUAAAUUUAAGUGGGAAAAAGGCACUGAGAAAAGGGAAAAUUCACAAAAGAUUGACAGUGGAUCAACCAGUGAAACUGGUUCUCAAACCAGUGAUGGCCGUAGUGGUCCUAUCGCAAUUGAUAAACUACGAGAAGUGACAGGAAAUUUCAAUGAGAAAAACAUAUUAGGGCGAGGGGGAUUCGGCAUUGUAUAUAAAGGACAACUUCAUGACGGGACACAGAUAGCUGUGAAGAGGAUGGAAUCACUUGCUACCACCCAAAAAGGUCUAGAUGAGUUUAAGGCAGAAACUGAUGUGCUCUCAAAGGUGAAGCAUCGGAACUUGGUGGCCCUCGUUGGCUUUUGUGUCAAUGGAAAUGAGAGGCUUCUAGUUUAUGAAUAUAUGCCUCAAGGAACACUGGCACAACAUCUCUUUGGUUGGCAGGAAAGAGGCGUCCCACCGCUCUCUUGGAAGCAAAGACUAGCCAUAGCAUUGGAUGUUGCCAGAGGAGUUGAAUACCUUCACGGCUUGGCGCAUCAAAGUUUCAUCCACAGGGAUCUCAAACCUUCUAACAUCCUCCUAGGAGACGACAUGAGAGCAAAAGUUUCCGAUUUUGGUUUGGUCAAAAGUGCACCUGAUGGGAAGUACUCAAUCGAGACAAGACUUGCUGGGACUUUUGGGUAUCUUGCACCUGAAUAUGCAUCCACCGGCAGAGUGACAGCAAAAGUUGAUGUAUUUGCAUACGGGGUGAUCUUAAUGGAGAUAAUUACUGGCCGAAAGUCUCUGGACGACACUCUACCAGAAGAGAAAUCUCAUCUAGUGGCAUGGUUCCGUAAAGUCAUUGUUAACAAGGAAGAUAUCAGAGCAUACUUAGAUCCGACACUAGAACCAGAUGAAGAAACUUUCAAAUGCAUUUGCGAAGUGGCAGAAUUAGCGGCCCAUUGCACAGCUCGUGAGCCGAAUCAGAGGCCAGCCAUGGGGCAUGUAGUCAGUGUCUUGUCUCCUCUCGUCAACCAAUGGAAACCUUUUUCCCAUGAGGAGGAAGAGGGUUUCGGCAUUGAUCUAAGUAUGAGCCUCCCUGAAGCCUUGGCAAAGUGGAAAGAUAGUGAGUUCAACGAGGAUUUGACCGACACAAGUAGUCACCUGUUUGGAAAGAACAGUACUGGAUUCACUCACACAGCCAGAACCUCUUCACAGACCACAAGAUCUUACGAGUGAAUAAGUCUGGGCUUCAUUUUGAUAGGACAUCUUGCUCUUGAAACAUGUACAGACUUAUUAUUAGAGGAAUGACUUACUUUAUCUUCAUUUUUAAUAGCCAUACAAAAGCCAUUUGAUUUUUCAGAUCACUUUUGAUUCUCAGAGGUAGUUUCACAAAUCUAGGUUCAUUAUCUGUAAAUGCAGC